AUGAGGAGGAAGAGGAGAAAGGCCACCCAGACAGAGUUCGGAGAUGGCGGUGACGACGAUGACGGUGACGACGAUGACAGUGACGACGAUGACGAUGACGAUGACGAUGACGACGAUGAUCAAAUCGGAAAAAGCUCUCUCCCCUUCCCCGAAAAGCCGAACACUGACGACGAUGACGAUGACGAUGACGAUGACGACGAUGAUCAAAUCGGAAAAAGCUCUCUCCCCUUCCCCGAAAAGCCGAACACGUAA